AUGUCUGAUUAUAUGAUGAAUGAUGAUUCCCAAGAUAAUCCACAUGCAGAUAUAUCGCAAGAGGAUGUUUGGACAGUUAUUAGUGCAUAUUUUCAAGAGAAAGGUUUAGUUAGACAACAAUUAGAUUCAUUUGAUGAGUUUAUUCAAAAUACAAUGCAAGAAAUUAUAGAUGAAUCACCACCAAUUACAUUAAGACCUGAAUCACAACAUCAUCCAGGUCAAGCAGUAGUUAGUAAUAAUGUAUCAACAUUUUCAGUUAAAUUUGGACAAAUUUAUCUUAGUAAACCAACAGCAGAAAUUGAUGGUGUAUCACAACAAGUUACACCAAAUCAAGCAAGAAUUAGAAAUUUAACCUAUUCAGCACCAUUAUUUGUGGAUAUUACGAAAACGGUGAUGACAGGAUCAAAGAGUAAAGGUGAUGAAAGAAGAACCGAUGAGGUAUUAAAGAGAAUUUUCAUUGGUAAAGUACCAAUUAUGUUACGUUCACAAUAUUGUAUGUUGAAUGAAGCAGAUGAUAGAGAUUUAACAACGAUGGGAGAAUGUUCAUUCGAUCAAGGCGGUUAUUUCAUCAUUAAUGGUAGUGAAAAGGUAUUGAUUGCACAAGAGAAGAUGAACAACAAUCAUGUUUACGUAUUUAAGAAAUCACCACCAUCAAAAUAUUCAUAUGUUGCAGAGAUUCGUUCUUGUCAAGAGACAGGUUCAAGACCAACCUCAACAAUGUAUUUGAAAAUGUUACACAAUACCAACAAGGGUCCAGUGGGUAUCAAAGCCACUGUACCCUACAUUAAACAAGAUGUACCCGUUAUCAUUGUCUUUAGAGCAUUGGGUUUUGUUGCCGAUAAAGAUAUUUUAGAACAUAUUUGUUAUGACUUCAAGGAUGCCCAAAUGAUGGAUCUUAUGAGACCAUCACUCGAGGAGUCCUUUGUCAUUCAAUCACAAGAGGUUGCUUUGGAUUAUUUGGGUAAACGUGGUUCCACAAUGGGUACUCGUGAACAACGUAUCAAAUUCGCUCGUGAAGUAUUACAAAAGGAAAUGUUACCACAUGUUAGUGUCGCUGAAUUCUAUGAAACAAAGAAAGCAUUUUACUUUGGUUAUAUCACUCAUCGUCUUUUAUUGGCUUCACUUGAAAGACGUCCAUUGGAUGAUCGUGAUCAUUUUGCAAAUAAACGUUUGGAUUUGGCUGGUCCACUACUUGGUACACUUUUCCGUCAACUUUUUAAAAAACUUACAAAAGAUGUCCGUCUUUAUCUUCAACGUUGUAUAGAUAAAGAUAAAGAAUUCAUUGCAUCAUCUGCUGUUAAAUCCAAAACAAUAACAAGUGGUUUGAAAUAUUCAUUGGCAACUGGUAAUUGGGGUUCUUCAAAGAGUGGUGGCACAAAGAGUGGUGUAGCUCAAGUAUUGAAUCGUUUAACUUUUGCCUCAACAUUAUCUCAUUUACGUCGUUUGAAUACACCAAUCGGUAGAGAGGGUAAAUUAGCAAAACCACGUCAACUUCAUAACACUCAUUGGGGUAUCGUUUGUCCAUCCGAAACACCAGAAGGUCAAGCAUGUGGUUUGGUAAAGAAUCUUGCUAUGAUGUCUUACAUUUCUGUAGGUUCAGCAUCUCAACCAAUUUUAGAGUUUCUUGAAGAAUGGACAACAGAGAAUCUCGAGGAGAUUAGUGAUCUCUCUUCAAUUUUCUCUGCUACAAAGAUCUUUGUAAAUGGUAUGUGGGUAGGUAUUCAUCAUCAACCAGAUAAGUUAUUAAGUACCCUUCGUUUAUUGCGUCGUUGUGGUGAUGUAUCCGUAGAGGUUUCAGUUGUUAGAGAUAUUCGUGAGAAGGAAUUAAGAUUGUACACUGAUCCUGGUAGAUGUUGUCGUCCAUUGUUUGUGGUUCAAGACAAUAAAGUUCAAAUUAAGAAACAACAUAUCAAUAAAUUGAUCAACAAUGACGAAUACAAAUGGCAAGAUCUCCUAAGUGAGGGUAUCGUUGAAUAUAUCGAUGCUGAAGAAGAAGAGACCGUUCUAAUUGCAAUGACUCCCGAAGAUUUGGUGCCAAUGCCAAACGAGCAAAUUGUGCAUACCUAUACACAUUGUGAAAUUCAUCCAUCGAUGAUUUUGGGUAUUUGUUGCUCUAUCAUUCCUUUCCCAGAUCAUAAUCAAUCACCACGUAAUACCUAUCAAGCUGCUAUGGGUAAACAAGCUAUGGGUGUUUAUAUUACAAAUUAUCAACUUCGUAUGGAUACUAUGGCCCAUGUGUUAUUCUAUCCACAGAAACCAUUGGUAACCACUCGUUCAAUGGAGUAUCUUCAUUUCAGAGAGUUACCUGCCGGUCAAAAUGUAUGUGUAGCCAUCGCUUGUUACUCUGGUUACAAUCAAGAGGAUUCUGUAAUUUUAAAUCAAUCGGCUAUUGAUCGUGGUCUUUUCCGUUCAAUGUUUUAUCGUGCAUACAAGGAUGAACAAAAGAAACAAACCUCACUCAUGGAAGAAGUAUUUGAAAAACCAGAACGUGAUACUUGCGCUGGUAUGCGUCAUGGUUCCUAUGAAAAGAUUGAUGACGAUGGUUUGGUUGCUCCAGGUGUCCGUGUGGCUGGUGAUGAUAUUAUCAUUGGUAAAACCACUCCAUUACCACCAUCCGAUGAUGAUUUAGGUCCAAAAACACGUCGUCACACUAAACGUGAUAGUUCAACAGCACUCCGUUCCUCAGAGACUGGUAUUGUCGAUCAAGUUAUUCUCACCACAAGUGGUGAAGGUUUCAAAUUUUGUAAAGUUCGUGUUCGUUCAAUGCGUGUACCUCAAAUCGGUGAUAAGUUCUCUUCUCGUCAUGGUCAAAAAGGUACUUGUGGUAUGGCUUAUCGUCAAGAGGAUUUACCAUUCACUGUUGAAGGUAUCGUUCCAGAUAUCAUUGUAAAUCCACAUGCUAUUCCAUCUCGUAUGACCAUUGGUCAAUUGAUUGAAUGUCUUCUUGGUAAAGUAUCUGCUUCAACUGGUGAUGAAGGUGAUGCUACCCCAUUCACUGAUGUCACUGUAGAAGCUAUUUCACAAGCACUACACAAAAUUGGUUAUCAAAUGACUGGUCAUGAAGUUAUGUAUAAUGGUCACACUGGUCGUCGUAUGGAUGCUCAAAUCUUUAUUGGUCCAACUUAUUAUCAACGUUUAAAACAUAUGGUGGAUGAUAAAAUUCACAGUCGUUCAAGAGGUCCUGUUCAAAUUUUAACCCGUCAACCUGUAGAAGGUCGUUCUCGUGAUGGUGGUUUACGUUUUGGUGAGAUGGAAAGAGAUUGUAUGAUUUCUCAUGGUGCAGCUCAAUUCUUAAAAGAACGUUUAUUCGAUCAAUCAGAUAGUUAUCGUGUUCAUAUUUGUGAUAUUUGUGGUCUCAUUGCAAUUGCAAAUCUAAAAAAGAAUUCAUUUGAAUGUCGUAGAUGUAAAAAUAAAACUCAAAUUUCUCAAAUUAGAAUGCCAUAUGCUGCAAAACUUUUAUUCCAAGAAUUAAUGUCAAUGUCAAUUGCUCCACGUAUGUUUACUCAAACUUAA